CUGCAUUUCCACAAUCAACACUAUUAUUGUACCUUUACUCCUAUGGUUCGUGUAAACCUCGAACUAGUCAAGUUUUCAUUAUAUUGUGCGCUCCCAUUAGCGACAAUGUACUAUAUUGGACAUCCUAGAUAUUAUGAAAAAAACAUUGAGCAUGCAAACUUCUGGAAAAACGAUGACCGAUCAAUUCCUACUGAGAAAGAGGAAAUCCAUGACGAACUUGAGAAACUCCGAGAACAAAGGCGAAGAAGAAAAGUCGAAGAAAUCCUCAAACAAGAAAAUCCCUAAUCUAUUCGAUAUAAACUCAAAGAAGACGUGUGUCCUAUUGUUUGUCCUAAGCACAGUUUCUUAUUUAGGGAUUGCCAUUAUAACCUCAGGUUUAUCAGUAUUUGACCACACGGCAGCCCUUUACUUAAGUCAGCAUGCCUCUCAUAUACAAGUCCCCCUAUUAAAGAGAUUUUUUGAAGCUUGGACCCGCUGGGACGCAAUAUACUUUGUGGAUAUGUCAUUACAAAAGCGAUUAUUUGAGCAACAAUGGGCAUUUUCAGACGUUUGGAGUGCUUUGAUUCGAUCUGUUUGCUUUGGAUCACAGGAUGUAAUUAUACUUGGGUUAACUGCAUGUUUUUUAGCUAUUGGAUUACAUGCCAUUGCGGCUCUGGCUUUUUAUUAUACCACUAAUGCUGUAUUCUCCGAUAAACAAAUGUCAGUCCUUUCCGUCGUUUUUUACCUGUUCUCGCCCGCUGGAAUUUUUAUGUCAGUUGGGUAUGCAGAAUCUGCAUUUGCCGCAUGUAGUUUUCUCGGGCUCUUGUGUUACGUACAAAAACGACAGACACUGGCGGCGGGUUUUUGGUCCCUCUCUACGCUUUUCCGAAGUAAUGGUCUUUUCUGGUCUUUAUUAUUUGUAUUGCCUACAGUAGAGAUUUGUCUUUCUCUCGUGAAACGGAAAAUUGAGUUUUCCAAAUUUUUUAAGAUUGCCUUCAUGAAUGGUUGCAGAUGCAUAGGGAUUGCUUUUCCUUUUUUUUAUGGUCAAUUCCAAGCUUAUAAGACGUUUUGCCCUCGUGCUUCCUGGUGUUUAUCUUAUUUACCAUUAAUAUAUCCUAUAAUCCAAAGAAAGUAUUGGGAUGUUGGUUUUCUCAGAUAUUGGACACCCAACAAUAUACCCAAUUUUUUUCUAGCUUGUAUCACUGUCAUCCCUCUUAUUUUUUCGUUAUGGUACUCUCUUUCAACCGCAAGCAAGGAUACAACGAUGCGAUACCUAUUCAUACUCAGUCUUUUUUAUCUAUACCUAGGACUAUUUCAAAUGCAUACUCAAGUACUAAAUCGACUUUCUUCCUCUUUUCCCCUCUUAUAUUGGACUUUGGCUCAUGCUCAGUUACAAAGGAAAUCCUUGCAUGUUCAAAAACUUACAAAGAUUAUAUUCUUCUCAUGGGUUCUUUAUACUCUCAUACAAGCAGGGUUGUAUGGUUCUUUUUUACCGCCAGCAUAAUUCCUCUAUUCAUGAAAAUAAUAAUUGUUAGCUAAAGGAAAAAAUACUUCAAAAUGAAAGUAUAACUAAUCUCAAUAUUACGCUCUAUACGAUUGUAAUAAUCCAUAGGCUUUCUUAAAUAAAGCAUUCUCCAUUGUUUCCAAAA